GGAGCGGCGGCGGGGGGGCGGGAGCGUGAGGCGGAGCGCCCACUACACGGUGUCGCCGGCCGACUACAGGCUGAUGGAGGAGGUUGGAUAUGGCGCGAGCGCGACGGUGUACAGGGCGAUCUUCCUGCCGGCGAAAGAGGUCGUUGCUGUCAAGUGCUUGGAUCUCGAUCGAUGCAACAGUAACCUAGAUGACAUACGAAGGGAAGCCCAGACAAUGAGUUUGAUAGACCAUCCAAAUGUCAUAAGUGCAUAUUGCUCAUUUGUUGUUGACCAUUCACUAUGGGUUGUCAUGCCAUUCAUGGCAGAGGGCUCAUGUUUGCACCUUAUGAAGAUAUCAUAUCCAGAUGGAUUUGAGGAGUCUGUUAUUUGUUCUAUUCUUAAAGAAACACUCAAGGCUCUGGAGUACCUUCAUAGACAUGGACAUAUUCAUCGUGAUGUCAAGGCUGGGAAUAUCCUUCUUGAUAGUUCUGGAAUGGUGAAGCUUGGUGACUUUGGUGUUUCAGCUUGUAUGUUUGAUAGGGGUGAUAGACAACGCUCGAGAAAUACCUUUGUAGGCACGCCUUGCUGGAUGGCUCCUGAGGUCUUGCAACCAGGAAGUGGAUAUAAUUUCAAAGCUGACAUUUGGUCAUUUGGAAUAACUGCUCUUGAGUUGGCACAUGGUCAUGCUCCUUUUUCAAAAUAUCCUCCAAUGAAGGUUCUCCUGAUGACCCUUCAAAAUGCUCCUCCAGGACUUGACUAUGAUCGGGAUAAAAGAUUUUCAAAGUCUUUUAAAGAAAUGGUUGCAAUGUGCUUGGUGAAAGAUCAAACAAAGAGGCCAACAGCAGAAAAAUUGUUAAAACACUCCUUUUUCAAAAAUGCUAAGCCUCCAGAGCUGUCUGUGAAGACGCUUUUGGCUGACUUGCCACCUCUUUGGGACCGUGUGAAGGCACUCCAGCUUAAAGAUGCUGCACAGCUGGCUAUGAAGAAAAUGCCAUCAGCUGAACAAGAAGCACUAUCAAUGAGUGAGUACCAGAGAGGUGUAAGUGCAUGGAAUUUUGAUAUUGAAGACUUGAAAGCUCAAGCAUCCCUGAUUCAGGAUGAUGAUGACUUUUCUGAAACCAAGGAAGAUGAUGGUAGCAUGAGAGGAUUUACCAACAACAAGGAUCCAUCUACUUCCAGAUCUAUUUUUGGGAAAACAUCAGUUACUGAUGAAACCAAUUGCAGAGAGAAUACAUAUGCUGCAGAUGAGUCGGGAACUAGGUGCUCAAGUGCAAAAACUGAACCUGUAGAAACAGUUUCAUUAGCCUCUCGUAAUCAAGAAAUACUGGAUGGAUAUGAUAAAAGCAGAUCCAAAAAUGAUUCGAUGCCAUCAACAUCAAAACAAGGCAUAGACCCCAACAACUGGAAAAGCCAAGCUGGGAAAAAGCACCUUACUUAUAGUGGUCCUCUCAUCCCAUCUAACGUUCAUGGCAACUCGUUCAUAGAAAGAGGACGCAUGUCUGACAGAUCCGAGGGUGACAAUCAACUAGCUUAUGAUAAGUCUAAACGCGAUGUUCGGAAGACGCCGAACUUAAGUGGUCCGCUGAUGCUUCCAAAUCGUGCUUCUGCAAACAGUUUAUCUGCUCCUAUACGAUCUUCAGGAGGAUAUGGAGAUUCAUUAGAGGAUAAGUCCAAGGCUAAUGUGGUACAGAUAAAAGGCCGAUUUUCAGUCACAUCAGAAAAUGUGGAUCUAGUGAAGGAUAUUCCAUUAUGUUCCGCUCCUCGGAGGUCCUCUCAGAGUUCGCCAUUAAGAAAAUCAGCGAGUGUUGGCGAUUGGUUAGUUCAGUCUAAACAAGUGCUUACUAACCAGUUCCCCAAGGAAACUACCAACAGUUCAGUACCUGCAUCUAUCCUCAUGCCUCACCUUCAAAAUCUUGUUCAACAGACUUCAUUUCAACAAGAUUUAAUCAUGAAUCUGUUGAGUAGCUUACAACAGAAUGAGCUAGUUGAUGCUUCACAAAAUGGAACGCCUCCUCAAACACGCACUUCAGAGAAUAAUGUGGCUGAAACAGCAUCUACGGAAAGAGAGCGUCUUCUACUUUUGAGAAUUGCAGACCUACAAGCAAGGAUGAUUAGUCUGACUGAUGAAUUGACUGCAGAAAGACUUAAACAUAAUCAGUUGCAAGAACAGCUGAAUGCAGUUUACCGUCAGGAAGAAAUAGAAGAGUUGUGAUUUCAAUGCUACUGGAAAUUUUGCAAAGUUUCCAGAAUGUUAAAAAAUCAACAAGAAUUGCUUUUGCCAUCUACAGGGGAUGCCCACUCUCCUCUUCCAAGUUCCAGUAGGAGCUCAGUUGUGCAAUAUAACUUGUUUUUCUUUGGUUUUGGAACAGCCGAAGAGAGAGUUCAGGUAACACAGCCAUAAAGGGCGUGACACUGGCGCGUGCAUAUUUUCAAGGCUGAUGAUGAGCAUCAAUUCUUGCUCAUAACAGUCAGACAUCAACCCCAUACCGAUAUCAAGUUGGCGAUUAAUUUUUUGCCAGUCGCCUUUGUUGUUCUGUGAAUUGAAUGUAUGUUGUUGUGUAUUAUUCUUGUAGUAUGUAACUUAAUAUCAUGUUGUAUCAAAUUGAUGUUGGCUGUAAUAUUCAAGAGCUUGGCGUGUUUUCACUUGUAUUAUAAAGAAAAUAAUUCACUGGAGGAGUUUGUGAUUCCAUGUAUUUGUGUUGUAA